AUGCAGCAGCAGAGCUUGUCUAGAGCGAGGCUGUGCAGCGCGCAGAAGGAACUGGUGGGAAGCUCUUGCCUGCCCUCAAGUACCGCUCGCGGGUCCUCAGGCAGCCAGGCCGAAAAGGCGGAACUGCCGCGUCGCUUGUGCACGCCUGCUUUGGCUGAGGGCAUCACACGUUUCGACGUGGCGUCGCGACGUGCAGGCGAAGCAGUGCUGAAGGACAGGGCCCGCUACGACAUUGGCGAUGACGAUGCUGAGAUAGAGGAGCAGCAGCAGCAGCAGCAGGAGCAGGAGUGGGAGGAGUAG